GGCACCCGGGUACCGCGGCGGGGCUGUUUCGCUCCGCGCCGCGCCGCGCCGCGCCCUGCCUCGCCGGUGAGGGGCGAGCCCGCAGCCGAGGGCUCCGCCGUGCCCUUCUGGCGCUCGGGGACACCCCGCUUCCCGCGCCCUCGCUGCGGACAGGGGUGGCCGGCGACGAGGGGAAACUUGGCUCGAAACUCCUGCCCGCCGAGGCACCAGCGGCUGCAGCGGGCUCUCGGGCUGCGGGCGCGGCCCCGCCGCCUGCCCGCCCGGGCCGAGCGGAGAAAGUUUGGCGGCGGGAGGCUGGGCGCGGGCGGCGGCCGGCGGGCGCUGCCGCAGUGUGUGCGCCGAGCCGCGACUGCUGCCGGCGGCGGGAGCGCCCCGGGGCUUCGCUCCUGCCGCCCUCGGUGCGAUGUGACGCUCGGGGACAGCGUCGGCUGCCGAAGGCUUUAGUUGUUACAUGCGCCCAAUAAUCUUCUCCAAAAUGGAUUUUAGUCAUAGCAAUCUUUUUGGAUACAUAGAAGACCUGCAGGAACUAACUAUUAUAGAGAGGCCAGUACGCAGGAGCCUGAAGACCCCAGAAGAAAUAGAAAGAUUGACAGUUGAUGAAGAACUCAGUGAUAUUGAAAGGGCUGUUUAUCUACUCAGUUCUGGUCAGGAUAUCCAAGGAACAAGUGUGGUGGCAAAUCUUCCAGUCCUGAUGCGACAGAAUCCUGCAGAAACACUUCGUCGGGUUUUACCAAAAAUCAGAGAGGUUCUGCAUGUUGCAGGAGUGGAAAUGCAGUUAACAGCUGCUGUUUCUUUUUUGACUGUUCUGCAAGAGGAGUCGGUGUCCAUUCAUACGUACUCCCACUCCUUCCUACACAUCAUUCUCCAGAACGUGGAACACAGAGAUGCAGGUGUCAGCAAUGCAUGGUUAGAAACUCUUCUUGCUGUAAUAGAAGCUUUACCAAAAGAAACUGUCAGACAUGAGAUCCUGAAUCCACUUGUUUCCAAAGCACAGCUUUCUCAAACACUUCAGUCCCGCUUAGUUAGUUGUAAAAUCAUGGGAAAAGUAGCUAACAAGUUUGAAGCUCAUAUUGUUAAAAGAGAGGUUCUUCCAUUGGUAAAAUCACUGUGCCAGGAUGUGGAAUAUGAAGUUAGAACUUGCAUGUGUCGGCAACUGGAACAUGUAGCUCGAGGAAUAGGGACAGAACUAACAAAAACUGUGGUGCUUCCUGAGUUAGUGGAACUGGCAAGAGAUGAGGGCAGCAGUGUACGCCUGGCAGCUUUUGAGACCUUAGUGAAUCUGCUUGAUAUGUUUGAUGCAGAUGAUCGGAGUCAAACUGUUCUCCCAUUAGUGAAAUCGUUCUGUGAAAAAUCCUUCAAAGCAGAUGAAUCUAUCCUAGUUUCUUUAUCUUUCCAUUUAGGGAAACUCUGUAAUGGAUUAUAUGGCAUUUUUACUCCUGAACAGCACUUGCGGUUUUUGGAAUUUUAUAAGAAGCUUUCCACACUGGGUUUACAGCAGGAAAAUGGACACAAUGAUAAUCAACUACAUCUGCAAACUCUGGAACAGGAAAAGAAGUAUAUUUCAGUGAGGAAGAACUGUGCUUACAAUUUUCCAGCCAUGAUUGUUUUUGUGGAUCCAAAGAACUUCAGUUUAGAACUUUAUUCUAUAUUCUUCUGCCUUUGCCAUGAUCCCGAAGUUCCUGUCAGAUACACCAUGGCCAUAAGCUUCUUUGAAGUUGCUAAGCUUUUAAAUUCUGAUGUGUAUACAAUACAUAAAGAACUGGUUACGCUAUUACAGGAUGAGUCACUGGAGGUGUUAGAUGCCCUAGUAGGUCACCUUCCUGAAAUCCUUGAACUAAUGACUAAUGGAGGAGAAAACAGUGGAUCAGAAAGCAAGUUACUCUCUAUUCCUGACUUGAUUCCUGCAUUAACAACAGCAGAACAGAGAGCAGCGACUUCUUUAAAAUGGAGAACGCAUGAGAAGUUACUACAAAAAUAUGCAUGUCUCCCUCAUAUCAUAUCCAGUGAUCAGAUCUAUUACCGUUUUCUUCACAGAAUGUUGACAAUCAUUUUGACAAAUAAUGUCCUGCCAGUCCAAAAAGCAGCUGCUCGGACUCUCUGCGUUUAUUUGCGCUACAAUCGCAAACAAGAACAGAGACAUGAGGUUAUUCAGAAACUGAUUGAACAACUGGGCCAAGGAAAAAGUUACUGGAACAGACUUCGAUUUUUAGAUACUUGUGAAUUCAUUAUGGAACUGUUUUCAAAAUCAUUCUUCUGUAAAUACUUCUUUUUACCUGUGCUUGAACUUACACAUGACCCAGUGGCAAAUGUCAGAAUGAAGCUAUGCUGUUUGUUGCCAAAAGUUAAAUCUACUCUGAAGAUUCCCACUGAUAAACAUUUACUUCAGCAGUUGGAAUUAUGUAUAAGGAAACUUCUGUGUCAAGAGAAAGACAAGGAUGUCCUGACUAUUGUAAAAAGAACAGUGUUAGAAUUGGACAGAAUGGAGAUCUCUGUAGAUGCUUUUCAGAAAAGAUUUUAUGAAAAUGAUUUAUUGGAUCAAGAAAAAGAGACACAAGAACAACUGCUUUUGGAAAUGGAACAAUUAGAAAAGGAGAAGCAGAAAAAUGAAGGAAGAUCUACAAAUAUUAAUGAUAAAAUGCUUGAAAAGAAGCGUAGAGACAGUAAAACAUCAUCAGUGUUGGCAAAAAGUAUCAAUCUCUCUGUUUCUGGAAGUUCUUCUGGUACAUCAGUAGGCAAAGAAGAAAAAAAAUCCAAGCUGGUUCGAAGCCAAUCUUUCAGUACUCAAGUACUGCAUCCAAAAUACACCAACAUAGACAAGUGUCCUAAUAAAAGUUCUGCUACAGCAUAUACAUCUUCAGUAUCAGGAAUGGGAAAGAGUUGUAUGUUAUCCUUUAGUGAUGAUUCAUUCCGGACUCAUUCUUCUGGUAAUAGUGGGAAUGCUGCCUUCACUUCUAGUUCUUCUCGCAACUUAUUUAACUCAGCUGACCAAAAGAACAGUGGAAAUAAGGAGAGUCAGUCCCGAAAGAUGAGCAUCAUUCAGCUGGUACCUAAAUGGGAGGGUGGAAUGGGACAAAGUGAAGAAAAAACAGAAAAUCAAACUCCUAGAUCAUCUGACAGAAAAAUGAGGGAACCAGAGACUGGAGGAAGCAAUGUUCUGGUGAGAUAAGGUGGAAGCAGCAGAUGGGACUCCCUAAUGCCUGGACUGAAUAAAAUGCAUUCUGCAAUGUUAAAACUUAAAAAUAAAUCUUUCAAAUAAAAUUCCAAGCUGUAAAAUACGUUCUGAUAAGCAAUGUAAUGGUUGCAGAAUUCUAACAUUGUAGUGAAAUGAUAUGAAAUGUAACUUCAGCUAUGUGCUCUUAACUGCUGCAGCUAAAGAGAAGAUUUUGUUUUCUUCAGUCAUGCCUUUGUAGUUUGAUUUCUUGGACUUAGAAUGCACAUACCCAUUAUUUAAUUGGCUUAUUUACAAUCUUAGCAACUCUUAGCUCCCAUAUUUUAAGCAAGAAAUAGAAGGAAUUGCUAUGAAUAUGAAAAAGUAAUCCCACAUUUUAAAGAAUCUGCAAACCUAAUUUAAUACCAAAGUCCAGAAUCAUUGAUCAGUCUAUUAAAAAAACAUAGACUUUUGAAGCAUUGUGCUGUGAAUUUGGAAUUAAUGUUUUUACAAGUACAAAGUUCUUAAAAAUUCUGUGUAAGUUUCAAAGCAAUGUAAAAGAAAAUGUCUCCAGAUUAUGUAAAAAAAAAGUUUUAUUUCAUAAGUUUUGUUGUAUUAAUACUUGUUUUAAUUUUUAGUAUUUCAAAUUGUAUUUUCACUUUAAUAAUUUAUAAUAACAAAUCUAGUUUUUAAUCAACUGCUAUUGCAAGCUGUCAUGGUUCAGUGAUAUCAUCUGAAUUUGUUUGUAUUAAUGCUAAUGUUUCUAUCAAAAUUUAUGUGGAAAAACAUGCAAUCAUAUUUUAAGAAGUUUAAUUUAUGCUAAUACUUGAGAGAGAGAUUAUGAAGCUAUUGUCAGCUUCUCUAUUUCAAAAUUGAGGCAGCAUAAAUAUAUUGAGAUCAGAAAUAUAUGGUUUUUAAAAUUUAUUGGUGUAUGAUAAAGAUGAUCUAGUCUGUGUAUGCAUAUGCGUGUGUGGUUACUUUUUAUAAUGUAAAAACAUGAAUGAUGGUUUACUCAAAAUAAAACCUAGGACAAUGCUGUACAUGCAUGUUCUUGAAAAAAAAAAUUCUCAGGGCAUCUUUUAUAAUUAAAAUAAAUAAAAUCA